CGACUCGACAUCAUGACCCGGAAAUAAAAAAGUACAUGCUGUAAAGUCAACGAAAAAACCAGGCAUAUGCUGAAAGUUUCUUUCGAUUGUGAAAUAUCUUAGCAAGUUUUAUAAAUAGAAAAUCGGGGACAAUAAUGGGCAAACCAAAAAAUAAGUCGAAGACGAAAGACGUGGACUCGGAUUCGGAAGCUGAGGCAACUGUUGAAGUCACAGAAGAGAAAGCUGUUUCAGCCAAACAGAGCAAAAAGGACAGGAAGAAAAACAAGAAAAAGGAUGAUGAUUGGGAGAACGACGUUGCCAACGAAAUUGCAUCCAUGUCAUUGGACGUCAAGAAAGGAGAGAAGGACCAAUCAGAGGAAGUGGAGGACGUGCCUGUGAAAAAGAAAGAGAAGAAGAAGAAAAAGCAGCAGGCGAUGGACAGUGAUGAGGAAGUGGAGGCAGACGAUGCCACGCCCAUCCCUGGUAACCGUGGUAACAAGAAGGGGGGAUUCAGCAUGCUCAUGAUGGAGGAUGAGGGGGACACUAAGUCUCUGAGUGAGCCCAGUGAGGAGGAAAGGGAAGAAAAGCAGGAACCUGUGAAGCAGCAGAAGAAGAAGGAAAAGAAGCAGAAAGGAGGAAAAGAGAAGAAGAAAACAGCAGAGGAGGAAGAUAUGGACGUUCUCCUUGCAGAGCUAGAUAAACCCAAAGAGACAAAGAAGGAAAAGAAAGCAAGAAAGAAAAAGGUGGAAGAAGAAGAAGAAGAGGUGCAGGCAGACGACGCCACAGAGGUCAAAGUUGGUGAGGUUGUAAAGGUUGAACCAAAGAUUGUCACCAUGGAAGAUUUGGAAAAUGAGGAAGAGGAAGAUAGGAAGAAAAAGAAGAAGAAGAACAAGGGGAAAGCGGAAGAAGAGAAAGCAGAGAAGGCUGGUGAAGGUGAGGAGGAGGAGGAAGGUGGCAAAGUAAAAACUGCUGCUCAGAAAAAGAAGGAGAAAAAAGAACGGGAGAAACAGAAAAAACUGGAGCAGAAAAAGAAGCAGGUAGGCAAAAAGGAGACCAAGGAUGCAGCAGAAGACAGGGAAACCACGCCUGAAACCAUGGUGACAGAAACUGCCACGGCAACAGAAACUGCCAAGCCAAACACUGAAGAUAAAGCUGAAGAGGAGGUAGAUGACAAGGAAGAAGGAGGAAAGAAGAAAAAGAAAAAGAAGAAGGGAGAAAAAGAAGAAGAAAAGAAACCCAAAAAGUCAAAGGCUCAGGUUGAGGCUAUUAAGGAGCUGCUGCGUCGUCAGAAGGAGGAGGAGGAGAGACUGCAGCGUGAGGAGGACGAGAGGAUACGUAGGGAGGAGGAGGCCAUUGCAGCAGCGGCAGAGAAGAAACGCCUGGAGGAAGAGAAGAAGCAACGAAAGAAGGAAAAGGAGAAAAUACGCAAAGAACGGCUGAGAAAUGAGGGCAAACUACUGACCAAGGCUGAGAAACAGGACAGGAUGAAGCUCCAACAGAUGCUACAGAUGAGAGAGGCUCAAGGGUUGGAAAUCCCAACAAAGGAAGAGAACAAAGAUAAAGAUGAGGUGAAGAAGAAAAGACCGAUAUAUGACAACAGGAGGAAAAAACCUCAACAGAAACAGGAGGGGACCCAAGAAGGCGAGCCCCGUGAGGCUCAAAGCCUGUCUCCCGAGGUGACACCUGUUCAAACUCCCCAAACAGAGGAGGCACCCUUGGUGGUUACCCCAGGGCCUGACGCGCCCGGUAGGGGGGAGGAGGAAGGGGAGGAUGUGAAGGAGGACUGGGCCAUGAGCAGUGAGGAGGAAGAGGAGGAGGAGGAGGAGUCGAGUCCUGAACCAGAAACAAAAGUCGAGGUUAAAAUAGAAGACAAACAUCCACCAGCAUCCAAACCUGUGGCUGCUGAUGAUGCAGUGAAUGAUGAGGAGAGCGAGGAUGAAAGUGAUGAGGAUGAAGAAGAUGAGGAUGAAGAGAGUGAUGAAGAAUCUGAACUAGAGGAGGAUCUCACACCCUAUGAGCGGGCAGAGAUCAAAAUUCAGAAAUUCCAUGAGAAGUGUGAAGCAAAGAGAAACACUGAUGACCUGCGAGCACCUGUCGUCUGUGUCCUGGGUCAUGUAGACACUGGAAAAACAAAAAUCCUUGACAAACUGCGUCGUACGAACGUUCAGGAUGGUGAGGCUGGAGGUAUCACACAACAGAUUGGGGCUACUAACGUGCCCAAACAGGCCAUCCUGGACAAAACCGGCAUGUGCAAAGAGUUUCAGAAAAUACAGCUGAAGCUGCCUGGACUUCUCAUCAUUGACACACCCGGCCAUGAGUCUUUCAGUAACCUUCGAGUGCGCGGUUCGUCCCUCUGUGAUAUUGCCAUUCUCGUGAUAGACAUCAUGCACGGGAUGGAACCCCAGACCAUUGAGUCCAUCAAUCUGCUCAAGGAACGCAAGACACCCUUUGUCGUCGCUUUAAACAAGAUUGACCGGUUGUACGAGUGGAAGCCCAACCCUAACAGUGACGUUGUGAACACAAUUAAGAAACAAGGUCACAUGACCACCCAGGAGUUUAACGAGCGAUCGCAGGCAGCCAUCACACAGCUGGCUGAACAGGGUCUGAACUCUGCGCUAUUCUAUGAGAACAAGAAGCCGAAGGAGUACAUUUCGCUGGUCCCCACGUCAGCACACACGGGAGACGGUAUGGGGAACCUGAUAGCGCUGAUAUGUGAGCUCACUCAGAACUGGCUUGCUAAGAAAGUGUCGUACAGUGAGGAGCUCCACGCCACCGUCAUGGAGGUGAAGUCCAUCCACGGUUUGGGCACGACCAUUGAUGUGAUCCUGGUGAACGGGAAGCUGCGGGAGGGCGACCAUAUCGUGAUAGCGGGCACGGAGGGGCCCAUCGUCACCCAGAUACGGGGCCUCCUCAUGCCGCAGCCCUUGAGGGAGCUGAGGGUCAAGGCCCAAUAUGAACACCACAAGGAGGUCAAGGCUGCUCAAGGGGUCAAGGUCAUCGGCAAGGACUUUGAGAAGGCCCUGGCUGGGCUCCCACUCUAUGUUGCUAAUGGGGAAGAUGAGGUGGAAUACUACAAGGAGGAGAUAUCUCAUGCCCUCAAGGAGGUACUCAACUCCAUCAAGCUCACCGAGCGCGGCGUGUUCGUUCAGGCCUCCACCCUCGGGUCGCUGGAGGCUCUACUAGAGUUCCUGAGAACUUCAAAAAUACCUUAUGCUGGUAUCAACAUUGGUCCUGUUCACAAGAAGGACAUUAUGAAGGCUUCCAUCAUGCUGGAACAUGACACGCAGUACGCUGUGAUCCUAGCGUUUGACGUGAAAGUAGAGCGCGAAGCCCAGGAGUUGGCAGACAGUCUCGGUGUAACAAUAUUCACAGCCGACAUCAUCUACCAUCUCCAGGACAAGUUCAUGAAGUAUCGUGAAGAGCUGAAGAAGAAGAAACAAGAGGAGUUUAGAAAUAUUGCUGUGUUUCCCUGCAAGUUGCGCAUUCUGCCCCAGUUUAUAUUUAACGCUCGCGACCCCAUUGUGUUAGGCGUGUCCGUGGAGGCUGGGCUUGUGAAGAGUGGCACACCCAUCUGUGUUCCUAGUAAAGAGAAUGUGUUUCUGGGUCAAAUCACGAGUAUUGAGAUUAACAACAAGCCUUUGGAAGUAGCAAGACGUGGUCAGGAAGUCUGUAUCAAGAUUGAGAACAUCCCAGGGGAAACCCCAAAACUGUAUGGUCGCCACUUUGAUGAAAACGACAUGCUUAUAAGCAAGAUAUCGCGUGAUUCCAUAGAUGCAGUGAAGGAAUACUUCAGGGAGGAGAUGACAAAGCAAGACUGGGCUCUCCUAGUUGAACUCAAGAAACUCUUCCAGAUACUUUAGCAAGGAUACAGCCUGUUACCAUGGAGACCAGGACAGCACAGGUCAAGUUACGUCUGUAAGGUCACGAGGCUGCAGCUGCUGCAUGGACUGUAUUUUUGGUGCAUACUUGUAUAUUAUUGACCUCAUUCUACCCACACUGCUGGGGUGUUUGGUUCAUUUAUUGUUUUCUGGUGGCAUUAUCAUUAUUAUCCAUCGCCAAAGGCGCAGGGAUAUAGAAUUGUGGUUGUCCGUAAGUCCGUCCGUCCAUCCAUCUGUCACAAAACUUUUUAGGGCUAUAUCUCAGAAAUUAAUGUAAGAUAUCAACAUGAAACUUCAUAGGUGUAUAGAUAUCAAUGAGAAGAAGUGCCUUUCAUAAGAAUCAUAACCCUAAACUUUCUUUAAUAAUAGUUAUUGCCCUUUUUUUGCAUGACUUUUUUUUUUCAAGGCUAUAUCUCAGAUACUAUGCAAGAUUUCAACAUGAAACUUCAUGGGUGAAUUGAUAUUAAUGAGAGGUGCCAUGCUUAAGAACCAUAACCCUUUACUUUCUUAAAUCAGAGUUAUUGCCCUUUGUUGUUUUUGUCUGAUGGAACUUUUCAGGGCUUUAUCGCAGAUAUGAUGCAACAUUUCAACAUGAAACUUCAUGGGUGUGUAGAAAUCAAUGCACAAGAACCAUAACCAUGCACUUUCUUAACUAAGAGUUAUUGCCCAUUGUUGUUUUUUUGUAUCAUGUAACUUUUCAAGGCUAUAUCUCAAAUAUGCUACAAUAUUUCAACAUUAAACUUCAUGGGUGGGGAGAUAUCAAUGAGGAGAAUUGCAAUUCAUAAAAACAAUUACCCUAUACUAAAUAAUCACUUAUUAAUUAGUAUGCUACACUUAUUAUGUAUAUGAAGAAAUUUGCACCGACCCAUAAACAAAGUUUAUUUGGCGGCGGAUAUCAUUUCAAUGGAUUUGCUUGUUUUCAUUUUAGUUGUUAUGGUUAUUUUUAGCUCACCUGAGCACAACGUGCUCAUGGUGAGCUUUUGUGAUCGCCUUUUGUCCGUCGUGCGUCGUCCGUUGUCAACAUUUUGCCUUGUGAACACUCUAGAGGCCUCAUUUAUUGUCCGAUCUUCAUGAAACUUGGUCAGAACAUUUGUCCCAUUGAUACCUCAACUGAGUUCAAAACUAGGUCAUGCUGGGUCAAAAACUAGGUCACUAGGUCAAAAAAAGAAAAACCUUGUGAACACUGAAGAAGUCACAUUUGAUGCCAAAUCUGCAUGUAACUUUGUCAAAAUGUUUGUCUAAAUGAUUUGUUGGUUGAGUUCAAAAAUGGUUCCGGUCCGUUGAAAAACAAGGCCACCAGGGGGCAGGGCAUUUUUCCUUAUAUGGCUAUAGUAAAACGUUGUUAACACUCUAUAGAGGCCACAUUUAUUUUCCAAUCUUCAUGAAACUUGGUCAGAAGAUUUGUCCCAAUUAUAUCUUGGAUGAGUUUGAAAAUGGUGACCUUUGCUUAAAAAACAUGGCUGUCAAGGGGCGGGGCAUUUUUCCUUAUAUGGCUUUAGUAAAAUCUUGUUUACACUCUAGAGGCCACAUUUAUUGUCCAAUCUUCAUGAAACUUGGUCAGAAGAUUCAUCCCAAUAAUAUCUUAGAAGAGUUAAAAAACAAUGCCCUUUGGUUGAAAAACAUGGCCGCCAGGGGGCGGGGCAUUUUUACUUAUAUGGCUAUAGUAAAACCUUGUUAACACUCUAGAGGCCACAUUUAUUAUGCCCCCCUUCGAAGAAGAGGGGGUAUAUUGCUUUGCUCAUGUCGGUCUGUCGGUCCGUCGGUCUGUCGGUCUGUCGGUCCGUCGGUCUGUCGGUCGGUCCGUCCACCAGGUGGUUGUCAGACGAUAACUCAAGAACGCUUGGGCCUAGGAUCAUAAAACUUCAUAGGUACAUUGAUCAUGACUCGCAGAUGACCCCUAUUGAUUUUGUGGUCACAAGGUCAAAGGUCAAGGUCACGGUGACCCGAAAUAGUAAAAUGGUUUUUGAAUGAUAACUCAAGAACACAUACGCCUAGGAUCAUGAAACUUCAUGGGUAGAUUGAUCAUGACUUGCAGAUGACCCCUAUUGAUUUUCAGGUCACUAGGUCAAAGGUCAAGGUCACGAUGACCCGAAAUAGUAAAAUGGUUUCCGGAUGAUAACUCAAGAACAAUUAGGCCUAGGAUCAUGAAACUUCAUUGGUACAUUGCUCAUGACUCGUAGAUGACCCCUAUUGAUUUUGAGGUCACUAGGUCAAAGGUGAAGGUCACGGUGACCCGAAAUAGUAAAAUGGUUUUCGGAUGAUAUCUCAAGAACGCAUAUGCCUAGGAUCAUGAAACUUUAUCGGUAGAUUGAUCAUGACUUGCAGAUGACCCCUAUUGAUUUUGAGGUCACCAGGUCAAAGGUCAAGGUCACGAUGACCCGAAAUAGUAAAAAUUAAUUUCGGAUAAUAACUCAAGAACGCUUUUGCCUAGGAUCAUGACACUUCAUAGCUACAUUGAUUGUGACCCGCAGAUGACCCCUAUUGAUUUUCAGGUCACUAGGUCAAAGGUCAAGGUCACAGUAACAAAAAACAUAUUCACACAAUGGCUGUCACUACAACGGAGGGCCCAUAUGGGGGGCAUGCAUGUUUUACAAACAGCCCUUGUUGUCCAAUCUUCUUGAAAUUUGGUCAGAAGAUUGGUCUCAAUGAUAUCUUGGAUAAUUUCGAAAAUAAUUAUGUUUGCUUGAAAAACAUGGCUCCCAAGGGGCGGUCUUCAUGAAACUUGGUCAGAAGAUUUGUCCCAAUAUUAUCUUGUAAUCUCAGGUGAGUGACUUUGGGCCUUUCAGGCCCUCUUGUUGCAUAUAGGCAAAAGUUGAACAUAAAUUGUUGACUUGUGAAUUAUUGAAAAACUAAGUGUCUAUUGAUAUAGAGCACGUAGGGACAAGUGUAGUACCAUAUUUACUGUAUGGACAAGUCGACAUUGGCAUUGGACCUGUCAUACAUCAGUAAUUUAUUAUGAGAAUCUGCAAUCCAUUCUGUAUGAAGAUGUUGACAAAUGUAAGUGUGAGCUCCUUGCUUGGAAAUUUGACUUGACAGUGCAAGUUAAUAAUAUGAUGCCAUUAGUAAGGAUAUAAUAACAAAUGAACAAAUGUAAAACAUUUUGAAACUAAAAUUGUCCUAAUGGUCAUAUACAUUUAUAGGCAAUUACAGGGAAUAUGCUACAAGCCAAUUAGUUCUCAUAUGCCAUCUAAGUGCACAAGCACUUGUUGACUUGGCCACACUCUGAAGUCUAGUGCCCCGCCAAUGGUCUGCAUUCCUCAAGUGGGGCAGUACUGUGUUACAGAAGAAAGUUGAACAGCUACAAGUCGCAGGCUGUAUACAGAAUUGUAUAGGUGCUAGAUGGUUGUAAUGAUAUCUUCAAUAUGCGGUUUGCAAUAGAAAACUGUUAUUUAUAUACCCCUGGCAUCUUCUGAUGCCCAGAGGCUUAAAGUGAUGGCCCUGCAGUUUGCUUGUCUGUCCGUCCGUCUGUAUGAUGUAAAUCCAAAAUGACAUGUUUCUUCUUACAGCCAUAAUUCUUCUUCCUUAGCUUUGAUACUUGCAUGUAUAAUGUCUUAACACUCUCUGUACACCUACAGCACAUGAACUCAUUUUGGAAUUGAUAUUGACCUACUUUGGACUUAUUCAGCUGGUCAAAAUGCUUUGUUCCCAAAAAUUUCCUUUUCUUGAAUAUUAAUAACUACAUAGCUUCGCCUUAUCUCAUUUUGACCUUGACUUUGCCCCCAUUUCGGACUUUAUCAUUAUGUACCCAAUAGUCAAUACUGACAAGGUUUCCACGGAGGGCAUAUACAUCUAUUUAACUCAGCAUUUUGUUUCUUGUUUUAAUCAUGUAUUAUCCAAAUGAGAUCUUAUAGUGCUAACACAUUUAAAAUGUCUAUUUAUUAUAAAAUUGUGUAUAAAGUAUUACAUUUGUGAAGAGGAUUGUUCUGAACAUGUGCAUUCUAGAUAUUCAGGAAAAUGAACAACUUCUGUUCUCAUGAUUGUGUUGCCAUACUGUGUAUCUUGUGCACUGUUGAAUUGUACACUUGAAGAUUGGUUCCAUGUCAUGUGAUAUUGACUUUGUGUGGGUGAUAAUGGGUCAGUUUAUUUUUGAAAUCACGACAAUAAAAUAUCAAACUUAAACAA